AAACACCAUAGUUGGAGCUGGAAGGUCCCCGAUUGAUUUCUCAGAAAAAUGGCCGACGCAGAAGGCAAAUAUGUCUUGAAUUUACCCGACGAUUUCAAGGAAUAUAUGUACAAGGAACUCAAUUUUUGGCCCUUACACUUAUUUUAUCUUUCAGAAUAUUUGUAUGGAGGGGUUUUCUGGAGCCGAGAAGACGACGAACCCCAACGUCCUUCUACUCUCCCCGACGGCGAUAUUUCCAACUUAAACAAGAUCAUCAGACAUUUGCUUUCCAGAAUUAUACAUUGGACUCUUUGUCCGAUGCUAGUUCAAUUUUGGGCGCCCAUAACAACAAAAGAGGGCCGGCCUUUUCUUACAACUCGAAACCAACCUUUCUCUCUAUCAUCAUGUUUUUAUGACUUUAAUAUUGAAGGACUUUGUGGGUAUAGGAUGAUCUGUAUGGAUUCUAAAGGCCCAUUGGCACACCAUGCACGAAAGGCUGGAUUAAGCGGUUGCUUCGCAAUAUGCUUGGAGAGCAAUUACAUUGGAAAUGAUGUUUAUGUGCUAGAGUUUUUUAUGCCGAUGAGCAACAAUGCCAGUGAAAACCCACAUACCUCAUUAAGGAAAAUAUUGGAAACAAUGAGGGAAAAUUUUCGUUGUCUUAGGGUUGCUUCUAGAGAACUUUGGGAAAAAUUACAUAUUGAAGAAAUUAGUAUUCAAAAUGGUGAGAAACUUGAUCCAGUUCAAAACCCCCAAACCACUAUAUCUUUGCCUCAGCUGGAACUCUCACAAAGUGAAGUUGAGGUAAUCCAAGUGGAUUCAUCAGAUCAACAAUUAGUGAAUGCCAUAAAUACUGGAAGCAAUGUUGGCAAUACAGAACAUAACAACUUUGCUAUUACUUUUACACAAGAGAAAAGCACAGUAAAAGUGUCAAAAAGAAAAGGCAACAAAUCUGGAGGCACAGUAAAGACGUCAAAAAGAGAUGGCAACAAUAUCGGAGUUAAAAUUAAAAUUCCACUGGAGGAUAUCCUACAAAAUUCAGAAUUGAGCCUUGAGAAUGCUGCAAAAAGCCUCAAAGUUAGCAAAUCUACAUUGAAGCGUGUAUGCAGGACUUUUGGUAUAGAGAGGUGGCCACCUCGCAAGAUGAACAAGGUUGGUUGCUCUCAACUCGAUGAAUCUGCCCAGUGUGUUAAUUCUGAUCAUCUGCCUUCUACUCAAUCCUCGGCUACUAUUGUUCACACCGAGCCACAUGAUAAAACGAUGCAAGAUGCGAAUAUUGUGACUGUAAAAGCAAAAUAUGGAGAAGGUAUUACAAUGAAAUUUCGUCUGUCUUUGUCAUCAAGAUUCGUGCAGUUGCAGCAAGAAGUGGCUAAAAGGCUAAACUUAAAGGCUGGAACUUAUUAUGUGAAGUAUGAAGAUGAGGACGGUGAGUUGAUUUUAAUAGGUUGCGAUGAGGACUUGCAAGAUUAUAUGCGCGAUUCUAGAUCGCUGGGUAGAAGUUCUAUUGUGGUAUUGCUUGAGCAAAAGUUGCCAAUUACUGAUCAUAAAAAAAAUAAAAAAUAAAAAAG